UUAUUUUCUGUCUGAUACAGGAAAUGACCUCUUCAUCAGCAGCAAACUCCUUUGACGAUGGCAAAUACAAAACAGAUCUCUUAACACUGGACCCAUCAUCUUGCUGCCGGAAACCACAGUCUUCUUCUCCUCCGUCUCCGCCAAAGCAGCUCUUGGUAGCAACGCCUGUGGAGGAAGGAGAAUAUCCAGUGGUGAUGCUCCUCCAUGGUUACCUUCUCUACAACUCAUUUUAUUCCCAGCUUAUGUUGCAUGUCUCUUCCCAUGGCUUCAUUGUCAUCGCCCCGCAGUUAUACAGCAUUGCUGGACCAGACACAAUGGACGAGAUAAAAUCAACGGCACAGAUUAUUGAUUGGUUAUCAGUUGGACUAAACCACUUUCUUCCACCACAAGUAACACCAAACCUAUCCAAACUCGCACUCUCAGGCCACAGCCGUGGCGGUAAAACCGCAUUUGCCUUGGCCUUAAAGAAAUUUGGAUACUCUUCCGACCUAAAGAUCUCGGCAUUGAUCGGUAUAGAUCCUGUGGAUGGGACAGGGAAAGGGAAACAAACCCCUCCUCCAGUUUUAACCUAUGAACCAAACUCAUUUGACCUAGAAGACAAAAUGCCUGUUCUAGUGAUCGGUUCAGGACUUGGUGAAACUGCCCCGAACCCGUUGUUUCCUCCGUGUGCGCCUCCCGGAGUUAACCACCGAGAUUUCUUCCGGGAAUGUCAAGGUCCAGCGUGGCAUUUUGUUGCAAAGGAUUAUGGGCAUUUGGACAUGCUUGAUGAUGAUACAAAAGGGAUUAGAGGGAAGGUUUCACAUUGUUUGUGUAAGAAUGGUGAAGAGAGAAGACCAAUGAGGAGGUUUGUUGGUGGAAGUGUUGUGGCGUUUUUGAUGGCUUAUUUGGAAGGUGAUGAUUGUGAAUUGGUUAAGAUCAAAGAUAAGUCUCAUGAAGGUGUUCCUGUCGAAAUUCAGGAGUUUGAGGUUAAAAACUAGUUUUCUUUAGUGUCUUUUUUUUUUUUCAAUUGUUGUUUUCAGCAUAAACAUAGAGGCGAUUUCUAAAUAAGUGUAUAAUCAUUACUUUCAAUGAGGGCCUUUAAUAUGGUAAUAGCGAACCAUACCAAACUGAACCAAAAUAGAUAAUAUGGUUUGGAUUUGGUAUAU